AUGGACUGGUUAAAAUUGGUCGGUAUAUUUGAUUGUGAUAUGGUUGUGAUAGUGAUAGUGCCAGAGGACUGUGAUAUGACAAAAAAGAUCCGUAUACAUCUACCACAGAAGGUGAAGCAUAUACACCAUCACAAGAAAAUUUAUAUUACGAACCACCCUGCACCCUCUCAAUAUGCUCCAGCUUACAUGCCAAACGCUGAGGGUGCAGUGGGGGUAUCACCGAAUGUUGCAUUGCCUGCAAUGGGAAAUAUUAUUCCUUUGAAUUCAAUGGACUUUUUUGAUGAACAACAACCAAGUUUACCUCAUAUAUCUCAAUCUGCUUCCCAAAUCUUACCCCUCUACCAUACACGGGGAUACUAUGGACCGACACCGUCAGAAAUAGAAGAACAAGAGUACGACACGGUUCCUCUAGAAUCAGACUAUCCUCUUCCAUCUCAUUCAAGUCAACCUAAAAAGGUGAAAAUCAUCAGACUCAACGAACAACCCCGUAAAAAAAUUAUUCGGAAACAGAAGCCUAAGCGCGUAAUCGUACGUAACAAACCUCAUCCAACACCAUCCCCCGAUGUAGAACACCCAGUUUCAACAUUUCACGAGCAUUUUUAUUCAGAUGUUGAUGGAUCUGGAACUAUAAGAAAAAUAAAAAAACCUCCACGAGUUGAAAAAAUUGUAGACGGUGACACAGAACAUAUACAUACGUAUAGUGAAGAACACAUUCACAAAUUGUUUUUUGAUCAUGGUCCGAAAAUUGCGGGUGUAGUAGGCGUUGAUCCACUUGCUAGUAUGUCAUCUCUUUCUGGAGGACAAGCAAUUAUACCUCUCAAGGGUGGCCCAACUUUCGUUGCUUUACCAACUCAUCAAUUUGCGGGAUUAGCUGCAGUGGGUCAAAUAGCUAAUAACCCACAAUUUGAAUAUGCCUCGUUUAAUCCACGUGACGUUACUCAUGAUCACAUCUUUCACGAUCAUGGUGAAAUAACAUCCGACAUUGAAUUGAACAAGGAAACUUUAGGACUGCCACCUAAAGUUUCAUAUAAUACUCAAGGAUUAAAAAUAGGAGGAAAUCAAAAGAGACCAAAACCAAAAAUUCCGCAUAAAUCUAAGAAAACCAACAAGCCGACAGAUUUUUCUUAUUAUGAAAAUAUAUACAAUAGCAAACCAACUAAACAAAGGUCGCUGCUGACCACGCAAACUUUUGAUGAAUCUGCAGAAGCUGAUUUAGAAGACUAUAGAUCUUCUCAAGACAUCAAUUUAAGAGAAAGUAAUAAAAAAUCACGUAAACCAACAUUUUUUGGAAAAACAUCAAACGAUUAUCGUGGACAACAAGCUAGCGUACCAGCACCUUUUGCUAUUUCGUCAUCAGUUAUACAUGAGUAUAAACCAAAACGGAAUUCAGCGUCUGCUCCUGCAAGUCUCACAAAAAUUAGAGACCCAUUUGCAAAUUUUAAAGACGCGUACCCUAAUAAUUUUGAAUACGAUACAUAUGCAUCUUCCUCAAACCUGUAUACUUCCGAAGAUAAAAAUGACGGCGGAUUUUCUCAAGAAAAAAGAACUGACAAAAAAUCAAUAUCAACUCAAAAUAUUAAUUUUGGUGACCAAGAUCACAUUUCUUUCGUUGACCACAUAAACAGUGAGAGUACUUUUGAUGACAUUGAUGAUGGGCCCACAGCUCUAGAAGAUGUAGAAGACUUUGAUCAAUCACAGUUAAGCGGCACUGCUCAGGAAACUUUCUUUUCGUCAAAUGAUGUUUCUUCGGCUCAACAGUAUUUGCCAUUUACCUCCAAAAUUUCACAAGCGGAUCAAGCUAGAAGACCUGAUCAAGCUGCAAACGAUAAUUAUGGCUAUGCAGAUGUUUCAGCACUUUCAACAAUAUCUUAUUCACAAGAAUUUUCAUCAACGCUGCCUUCGGUUCAACGUAAAGAUCCAAACAAAAAAACAGUCAGUGACAUUUCAAAGUAUAAAGAUACAUCAAAUUCAAAAAUAAAUAAUAGAAAUAGAGAAGUUAACCAACAUACCAAUCAGCAUAACAAUUUACUAGAUAACAGGGAAAAUUUCAAAUCAAAAUCUGUACAAAACCAGGAUAUUUUUUCCCAAGACCCUAACAUAGUUAAAGGGAAACUAAAAUACGGUGAUAAAAUUUAA